AUGACAUGAAAUACCAGUACCAAUGAAAUCCAUCAAUUUAUCCAUUACUUACCAACGCUCCUCCACAAAUCGACAUCUCCCACUUCCUGCAAUUCAACCACAUCCCAUGCUCUCCCUCCUCCGUCACAGCCGUUCCGGCCUUGUCCCUCGUCGCCUGUUCUCAACAACCUCCAGAAUGGCUUCCAAUACUCCCGUUGAAGAUGCCGUCCGUGAGAAAAUCACCACUGCUUUCUCCCCCUCCAAUCUUCUAAUCCGGAAUGAUUCCCAUCUCCAUGCGCACCAUGCGCCGAUGCGUGGGUCAACGUCCAAGGAAACGCACUUUCACAUAACGAUUACCUCCGAAGCAUUCAAGUCGAAGAUGCAGCCGGCCCGUCACCGCAUGGUGUACGCUUUGCUAAAGGAGGAGAUGGACCGAGAGGGAGGAAUUCAUGCGCUGCAGUUACGAACUCGGACGCCGGAAGAGGAGCAGAGGGAGAAGGAAAGAAAAGCGCAGGCAUAAAGCAUGACAUUGUGAAAUCGCGGACAAUGUUUUUUGCGUAAAUAUAGAUACGGUUUUGCGAUACCCAAUAAUGUGACAGCACCUGGACUUGAAUCUCUAUCCGGCAUUCUGUAUGAAAGCACACUGGAAAACGUGUGGGCAACCCCUACAAUAGAGCACAUUUGAUCUACCACUGGCUCCGGAUUCCUGGUGUUGCG